AUGCUGAACCUCAUCGUCCUCCUGGCACUCUGCCUCUCUGCUGUGGACGGCCAGUUCCCACGAGCCUGCUCUACAGAAGCCUCCUUUCACACCAAGACUUGUUGUCCACUUUGGAAGGACAAAAGCCAAUGUGGUAUUUUUUCAGGCCGAGGAAGAUGUAGAAACUGGUCCAAUUUACAUAGAAAAGAGCUUCCCCUAACUAAUGAUGAUCGUCUGGACUGGCCAUUGUUCUACUAUGAGAAUACUUGUGAGUGCAAUGGAAACUACAGUGGCUUUGACUGCGGGGACUGUAAAUUUGGCUAUCAUGGAGAGAGAUGUGACCGAAAAAAAAUUGUAACGCGAAGGGAUAUUCGGGAACUGACCUUUCUAGAGCAGAAAAGAUUUUUCAGUUACUUGGCUCUAGCAAAGACCACCAAAAGCCAAGACUUUGUUAUCCUGAGCACUGGAGACAGGUUCCACCGGGAGACUUACCGCUUUGUAGAUGCCUCUCUGUAUGAUGUGUUUGCAUGGAUGCAUUAUUACGCCAUGAAAGCAAUCCUAAUAAACAGUAGAUUUGAUCCUAAUAAAAACUUUGCCCACCAAGGCCCAAUAUUUCCAGGAUGGCAUCGCCUAAAUCUCCUCUUCCUGGAGAGACAAAUCCAGCUGAUGACGGGAGAUGAAGAUUUCGCUAUUCCAUACUAUGACUGGAGGGGAGAGAAGAACUGCUCCAUCUGUACAGAUGAACUGCUGGGAACCAAUGAUGCUCAGGCUGUGCUGAGUCCAUAUUCUCACUUCUCUUUCUGGAAGGUAAGUCAUAUCAUCAUGUUCCAUCUUCACCUUUAUGACCCUCCAAAGUAUGUUGGCUCAACCCCCUGGACCAACAUGCAGUAUAUAAAUGUAUAUGUAAAUACCAAACACCAUCCAGGUGCUUUUAAAAUUCUAUCAUUGCUUUUUCUAUUGCUUGUUGAUGUUGUAGAGAAUUCCAUAGAAUAA